GGGAGCGCGGGCUUUGGAAGGCGGCUGAGCGGGAGGGCGUCCGCGGCCGCGCUGAGCAGGUUUGCGGGGCUGAGCACCGUCGUGGGCGACCCCGGACCAAGCGCUAGCUGUCGAGGCCUCGCGCUCCAAGGGCCAGCCGUCCCUCCUCUGUGUUGCUAUGGGCAUUCAAGGCCUGGCCAAACUGAUUGCAGACGUGGCCCCUGGUGCCAUCCGGGAGAAUGACAUCAAGAGCUACUUCGGCCGCAAGGUGGCCAUCGAUGCCUCCAUGAGCAUUUAUCAGUUCCUGAUCGCCGUCCGCCAGGGCGGGGAUGUGCUGCAGAACGAGGAGGGGGAGACCACCAGCCACCUGAUGGGCAUGUUCUACCGCACCAUCCGCAUGAUGGAGAACGGCAUCAAACCCGUGUAUGUCUUCGACGGCAAGCCGCCACAGCUCAAGUCCGGCGAGCUGGCCAAGCGCAGCGAGCGGCGGGCCGAGGCGGAGAAGCAGCUACAGCAGGCUCAGGCCGCCGGGGCCGGGGAGGAGGUGGAGAAGUUUACCAAGCGGCUGGUGAAGGUCACCAAGCAGCACAACGACGAGUGCAAGCAUCUGCUGAGCCUCAUGGGCAUCCCGUACCUGGACGCGCCCAGCGAGGCCGAGGCCAGCUGUGCCGCCCUCGUGAAGGCGGGCAAAGUCUAUGCCGCGGCCACGGAGGACAUGGACUGCCUGACCUUUGGCAGCCCUGUGCUCAUGCGGCACCUGACGGCCAGCGAGGCCAAGAAGCUGCCCAUCCAGGAGUUCCACCUGAGCCGGGUCCUGCAGGAGCUGGGCCUGAACCAGGAGCAGUUCGUAGACCUGUGCAUCCUGCUGGGCAGUGACUACUGUGAGAGCAUCCGGGGCAUUGGGCCCAAGCGGGCCGUGGACCUCAUCCAGAAGCACAAGAGCAUCGAGGAGAUCGUGCGUCGGCUCGACCCCAGCAAGUACUCCGUGCCAGAAAAUUGGCUCCACAAGGAGGCCCAGCAGCUCUUCCUGGAGCCCGAGGUGCUUGACCCAGAGUCUGUGGAGCUGAAGUGGAGCGAGCCGAAUGAGGAAGAGCUCGUCAAGUUCAUGUGUGGUGAAAAGCAGUUCUCAGAGGAGCGGAUCCGCAGUGGGGUCAGGCGGCUGAGCAAGAGCCGCCAGGGCAGCACCCAGGGCCGCCUGGAUGAUUUCUUCAAGGUGACUGGCUCGCUCUCCUCAGCUAAGCGCAAGGAGCCAGAGCCCAAGGGGUCUGCUAAGAAGAAGGCAAAGACCGGGGCAGGAGGGAAGUUCAAACGGGGAAAAUAAAGGAGUUUCCCCUCUUGCCUCCCCGGCCCCAGAACACCUGCCUUGAUGUGCCCUCAAACGCUAGCACGAGAGAGAGCUCUGUGGGGGCAGGGAGGGGCUCGCAUUGCUUCUCUGGCUCUGCCCGUCUCAGUAGUGCUUUCCCUUUUGUACUUGAUCUGGUGGCAGGAAGGCCACAGAGGUAUCUUGUUUUCUUCUUGUUUUAGCUCAGGAAAGUAUGUCAGGCUCCAAACACCUCUCAGGCAAUUUAACGGACACUGAGUCUAUUGUUAAAUGAAAGGGAUAGCAACAGGUCUUGAAGAAGGAGGGGGGGAUAAAUGGUAGAGAUGGAAGACUGUAUAAAAAUGAUUUCCUGACUGGCCCAACUGGUGGCUGAUGGGAAGGGGUGGUGGAACCCAGCUGUAUUUCUCUCUGGCUCAGCCUUGACCGGCCCUGUAGGACAGCCAUCAGGAAGAUGGGGAGAGCUCCUGAGACAUGAGACAGGCGGACAGCUGGAGUCCCUGGAGUUGGCCACAAGGGUCCGACCACUGGCUGUAUGUCCUGGGGUGCGCAGAAACUUGAACUUGCUAUGUAACUUGAGUCUUCACGGUGGCAUAUCUUAUUUCGAGGCAUAAGAUGGGCCAAAUUCUAAUGGCUUCUCUGAGGCAGCCAACGGAAUUGAGACUUGGGGAUGAGAUGCUAUUUUCACGUGCUGGUUUUGUUUUAAACGUGUGAAAAAAGAGUCAAUAAAAUUAGAAAAGUA